GGAUUAUUCGGGUAAGCAGCUGCCUUACCCUUUGCCGCGUUAUCUGCUAGGCAUCGGAACGAGGCUAGACCGCAGCUUACAAAGUAGUGCGAUGGAGGUCGAUUCGGUUCAGAAUUGUCAAACGAACGUAUUCAGGCCGGGCCGGGACGAGUACGAGAGAAAGCACAGCUCAGCAUCCCGCGUGAUCUAACAGGGCGCGUUAUCAGUUAAUCACCCAGUGUCAAUUUUAAGCCACCCGGACUUACUAAUUAUGGGUGCCACUUCCGAGACAACCUGCUGACGGAGAACGCUUCUUGUUUUAAGAAGACGAGUAAAUGCUCGAGUUUUGCAGUUUCUCUGCACCUUCCAACCGUUUGGAUCAGUCUCGUGGUGGUAAUGUGGAGCAAAAGUUAAUAUUGUUGUACUGUUAGUUCCUUGCGGUGCAGAGGUGGUGUGAAAAUGUUUAAUUUUAGCUCCGCUGGAACGUCUGGCGAGAAGGAACCGCUGUUGAGUGACAAACUGUUGUGUCCGGUCGUGGAUUUGGAGGGGACGUCUUCGAAUGUUGGGUUAAGGGAGGUCUUGCCUCAGGAGGAGUAUGAAGCACCGUAUCGUCAUCGCUGUUUGGAAUGGCUGUCCCAAGUCUUUAUCAUCCCACAGCGGGUGAUAUUAGCGAUCAUGGGCUUCCUGGCGAUCAUGAAUGCGUACACGAUGCGUAUCUCGCUGUCGAUCGCCAUCACGGAGAUGGUCAACAAAUCGCACGGGGCGACCGAAGAGGACGGCGGCGUCUGUCCGAUCGACGAAAGUGCCAACCCGGAUGACUUCACCGGAGGCGAGUUCGAUUGGGACGAGGAGCUGCAGGGCAUCAUCCUAUCCUCGUUCUACUGGGGCUACGUCAUCACGCACAUCCCCGGCGGUAUGCUGGCGGAAAAGUUUGGCGGCAAGUGGACACUUAGUUUGGGUAUCCUCUCAACGGCCUUCUUCACACUGAUCACCCCGUGGGCGGUGGAGCUCGGUGGAUCUACGGCGCUGAUCGUGAUUCGUGUGAUGAUGGGACUGGGAGAAGGUACGACCUUCCCUGCGUUGAGCGCACUGAUGGCCACCUGGAUCCCGGCGAAAGAGCGUAGUAAGCUUGGUUCGCUUGUGUUUGGCGGUGGACAAGUGGGAACGAUUCUAGGCAACCUGCUAUCCGGCGUGUUGCUGCACAACAUUGAAGGCUGGUCGUCGGUGUUUUACUUCUUCGGUGGGCUGGGCGUCUUAUGGUUCGUGAUCUUUACAUUGCUGUGCUACAGUGAUCCAGAGUCUCAUCCGUUCAUCAGUGAAAAGGAAAAGGCUUACCUGAAGCAGGAACUGGGAACGUUGGAGCGUGAUCGUACACUGCCACCAACGCCAUGGCGCUAUAUCCUCACCAGUGUCCCUAUGAUGGCGCUGGUUUGCGCACAGAUCGGACAUGAUUGGGGUUUCUUCAUCAUGGUUACCGAUCUGCCCAAGUACAUGAGUGACGUGCUGCGGUUCUCCAUCAAGGAUAAUGGACUGUACUCCUCCCUACCCUAUCUGGUCAUGUGGAUCGUCUCGCUGUCCACUGGCGUUUUGAGCGAUUGGCUCAUUACCUCUGGACGUAUGACUAUCACCUUCGGACGCAAGCUAUUCACCACCAUUGCCUCAAUCGGUCCGGCCUGUUUCAUUGUCGGUGCGUCGUACGCCGGGUGUGAAAAGGCAGUCGUCGUCAUGCUGUUCACCUUCGCCAUGGGUCUUAUGGGUACGUUCUACCCCGGCAUGAAGGUCAAUCCGCUCGAUUUGAGUCCAAACUACGCUGGCACGCUGAUGGCCAUCACGAACGGUAUCGGCGCCAUUACCGGCAUCAUCGCACCGUACGUCGUCGGCGUAAUGACACCCAAUCACACACUGGAAGAAUGGCGCAUUGUGUUCUGGAUCUCGUUUGCCAUCUUCAACGUUACCAAUCUGGCAUACAUCAUCUGGGCGUCGGGUGAAGUGCAGCCCUGGAACACGCCCCAUCUGAUGAACAAAUCGGUCGAGGCGGGUGAAUCGAUUGACGUUCCGGCAAAUGCAAAGAAAAGCGUACAAUCUCUAGAGGCCAUAAAGCAGUAGAAGAGGAGCUAGCCCUGAGGCUCUCAGAGGUAGGCUAAUGAUCCCUUGCAGUCCACAGGACCUAUCAACCUGGAGUCUGCGUGAGUGAUAGUAGAGAAGUAGAGGAAAUUGCUUUCAAAUAGUAAAAGCUUUUGAAAAGGAAGCAAUCGAAAGUUGAGAAAACCACACGCUGUAAGUCAACAAAAUAUGGCUUAUUUUAAAAAUUCCUUCUUUUAUAUAUGAGUACAAUGCCAUUGUGCUAAUGUACGGAUUGAUAGUUAAUCCGACCAUAGGUCACGCGACUGCUCUACUGAAACGUGUAGGUUUAACAAAACCUCCCCCCCCCUCGAUGCUCAGUGCGAUAAUAUAUUGUUGUGUUGAAUUUAUUUAUACCACUUAUCAGCUUGAAUACGCGUUAGAAUUUACGAUAUAGGAGCAUGCAAGCAAUUGAAACGGGUACACUAGAACAGCGAUGGAUUACGAUCGUACAUACCAUUGUACCAGUUGUACCUGCUACGUAGAUAGCAAUAGGCGAUCGAUAGCUCGAUUUCAUUCCAGGGAAAGCGAUCGAUAGCAAUCGAGAAUGAAAAGUAAUGGAGUGAUAAAUAAAGGUCAAAUCAAAAGGCUUUA